AUGCGGUUGGAAUCAAGUCGAGAUCCUGGUGCUGCCACUGUCCGCUCUGGACGACGGAAACUCAGACCUGGCGAACCAAGCGAUUGGAAUCAGAAGGCCAACGAUGCAGCUCCGCAGCCUCAUACCCGCGGUACAGUCCAAAUACAACGACGUCUGGACCUGGGAACAGCACCGUCGCUGCCGCAGCUGACGAUGCGCAGAAGGGAGUCCAACAAUUCCAAAGCUAUAGACGCCGCCGCCACUCCCACCGUACCUGCAACUGCUGCUGAUGCCGUUGCUGCCGCCGCCGCCGCUGCGAAUGGUGGCCGCUCCAAAAUUCCGCCAUGGCAACCAGGGCUUGCUAGGGCUGCUUCGGAUGCCUACCGUCGCCCAAAGGGCACAUUGAUGGACUCGUACGAUGGGGAGGAUGAGUCUGCCAAUGAGCAACCUUCGCGCCGUACAAGGAGGAACUCUUCACCCCCAAACCAACCUCGUCGCAGAUUAAUGCCUGGUGCAUAUUCCGAGCCCUCGACACACAGAUCAGCGAGCGUCUCGUCGUACGGCGGCGAUGAAGAUGACGAUCAUGGCCUCGAGGUGGAGGAGAUACCACCUGACGGUUCGUCACGUCAUAGCAGACAGCACCUGUCCAGUCGUGAUGAAUAUCUCGAUUCUUCAAGCGAUAGAAACCGCUAUCGAAAGAGAUUUACACCACGGCGGUAUUACUCCGACGACGAGCGGGACUCUGACCCUCCGCUUUCAGCCAGUGAAGUGCCUUCUACUUCGCAUACACGAGAAUCCUCCAGGGUCCGUGAGAGGAGCGAGUCAGCCCAUAAGGCUCAGCGCUAUCAGUUGACGCAUGUCAUUGAAGGUUCACGGCCACCUGUUGCCUCGAGAAAAAGACCUUCAUCGCCAGACAAAUUCUUCAAACUUGAAAAGCAAUCUAAGAUGGAGAAAAGAAAAGGGGUUGAAUGCGUCAUAUGCAUGGAGGAUACUCCGUCGUCAAAGGGAGCGGACCUGAAGUGCGGCCACCGAAUGUGCAAUGCCUGCAUGAAGCGCAACUUUGAAAUGUCGAUUCACGAUCCGCAGCACAUGCCCCCACGCUGCUGCACAAAAAGUCAUAUCCCACUCAAACAUGUGGAUAAGCUAUUCGACAAUGCUUUCAAGAUGACUUGGAACCGCAAGUUUGCUGAGUACUCAACUGGAAACCGAGUCUAUUGCCCAUCAAAGCGUUGUGGUGAAUGGAUCAAGCCAACUAGCUUUUAUCGAGGAGAAGAUGGUAGAAGAGUCGCUCGCUGCGGUCGCUGCAAGACCAAAGUUUGUCCAAAGUGCAGUGGUAAAUGGCACAACUCUACUGAGUGUCCACGUGACGAGGAAACGAACAGAUUCCUCGAUCAAGCAAAGGAGGAGGGUUGGAAGAGAUGUUACAAGUGUAAAUCAAUGGUUGAACUCAAAGAAGGAUGCAACCAUAUGACUUGCCGAUGCGGAGCUGAAUUCUGUAUGAUAUGCGGCACUAAAUGGAAAGGCUGCAGCUGUCCAUGGUUCAACUACGAGAAUGGAACUAAUCCAUGGGAAAACAACCAAGUUCAGGAUUUGAACAUUCCCACUGAAGACCUGAGGAAGAUUCUCCGGGCUAAUAGGCCGAAUUCUAUGGAAGAACUGCGAUCCUACUCAAGGCCCACUUCCUCGAUGCCCGCAACAAGAUCAAAACCUCAGACUUACGACGAGGAGAUGCACCUUCGCCGGCUGCAAGAGCAGCGUGAUGCUGGAUUUGCAAGGAGACUGCAGGUCUCAGAUGAGCACGACGAUGAGCAAGAAGAUGACCGCGACUAUGACCGCGACUAUGACCGUGAUCGUGAUCAUGAUCGUAACCGUGACCGUGACCGUGACCGAGAUCGAAAGCGUGAUCGGAAUCGUGGUCGAGAUCGUGAUUGGGAGCGAGAACGAGAGCGCGAGAACCCCUUUGCUCCCAUCACGCCUGAAGAAGAUGAGGAUGAGAUGGAUUUUGGGCUCAGCGGCAGCAAGCAUCACCAGAUGGAAGAUUAUAGACGAACAAGCUUGCCAACUUUGCCUACCGCAGCCUCAGCCGCACAGCCGCCGGCGCCUUACAACAGCUACGUUUCCGGGGUCAACCGUGCCAGGGGUCCGCAGCGCAGUGGUUCAAUGGAACAGCGUCUGGCUGAUAGGUUGUCAGAGAACCGCCCAGAACGCCGGUCGAGAGGGCCAUCUCCUCCAGCUCCAGCCCCAGCUAUGCGACCCCAUGUACUGCACCCAAGAGAUGCUACCAUUGGACACGCUCCAGAUAUGGGAAUUGGUAUGGCUCUUGGCGCGAUGGGAAGAGGUUCUGCACCACCACCGCCAGCCUAUGCCCCCAUACCGGCGAUGCCCUCGCCCGGAUUGAUGAGGCCGAAUCCCUUUGCAGGAGACGCGUACUACGAUAAUGCGUACACCACCACGCCACGGUCAGUUCACGACCCGUAUUACUACGGAAUGGAGACUGCUGAGACCGAGCUUCCCUCUCCCCGGCGCAGAUCACGGCGCAGUGGAGAAGAGCGCGAGAGACCCAAGUCAUCGACUUUGGCAGGAUUGACGGGGUAUGGCCGAGGUGCGCAUCGGGUGUCGGAGUGGAGGAGUUUUGUUGAACCAGGAUUUCCUGAUGAAUAG